AGCAAUGUUUUCUUUUUCUGUUAACCCUACAUGAUGACUCAUAAUGAUAUCUUUGCAGGAAGCCAAAGUUGAUGAAGGUCUCUAUCGUUGCUACUUAUGUGAAAAUAACAAACCACAUGCAGCCCUUUCUUAUAUCAAACUGUACAGGAGAAUGGAGGCGGUAACAAAUGUGUCGUGUGUGGUGGACAACUGGUCAACCAUGACAUGCAGCUGGCCACCAUCCGCUUCAGAUGCUACACUUGCUAUACUUAGUUGGGGCACAAAUGGUGUUGCCAGCCAGCUUUGUGUUGAUGACAAAGUUCCUGGAUCUUGUCACUGGCCAGCAGAACAGUUCAGCAUGGGAAACCUCUACACAAUAGUUGUCAACAUUACUACAACAUCUGACACUGGUGACUUCCUCGAUGUGAAAGUGUCAGAUCAGUUUGUGUUUAACACAAGUGAAAUUGACAAUGUUACUUUCUAUCCCUUCAUUGCCUUCAUUUUUCCAUUCAACAGUAAAACCAUCUACUUUGACUGA